GGUUUCUUGAGGUUAUGAGGUUUCGCCUCGUCGUCCGGACGCUGUGCACCGUGUUUUCGUGAAUCUUAUCCGCGCAAAGGACAGCGAGCUGACGGAAAUCCGACUCGCGGGGGCUCUUAAACGCACGCUGUGGAUGUAACUGUUGCACUUUGAAGCCAGACAUGAACUACUGAAACUGCUAAGAAAAGAAAGUCUUUGAAAAGCUUGAGGGAAGAGCUCCGUCUCAUCCCCUCACCAGAAGAAAGCUUUGGAAUCAUGAAGCUCUCAUGGCUGUCGACGAUUUGCUUUUCAUUUCUCUGGGGAACCAUCGUGGCAUUCCCGGCAACCCCCACCGGGCCACCUAUGGAGACGGGCUUCACCUUCCGGGUGAAGGACACAAGCCUCACACACCUAACUGUCCACCGCAGGACAGGCGAGGUAUUUGUGGGUGCUGUGAACAGAGUCUACAAGCUGUCGGCGAACCUGACAGAGCUACGCUCACACCAGACAGGGCCUAUGGAAGACAAUGCUAAGUGUUACCCACCGCCCAAUGUCCGUGCCUGCGUCCACAAGCUGGAGCCUUCUGACAAUGUCAACAAGCUUCUGCUCAUCGACUAUGCUGGCAACCGGCUGGUGGCCUGUGGCAGCAUCUGGCAGGGAGUGUGCCAGUUCCUCCGAUUGGAUGAUCUCUUCAAGCUAGGGGAACCUCACUCACGCAAGGAGCACUACCUUUCUGGAGCCCGUGAAGCGGAUGGAAUGGCAGGAGUUGUUGUGGGCGAUGAUGAUAGGAGUGAUCCAAAGAAGAAAAAGAAAGGUGACAGCAGGCUCUUUAUUGGCGCUGCCAUUGAUGGCAAGUCGGAAUACUUCCCCACUCUGUCCAGUCGCAAACUGGUGGAGGAUGAGGACAGCGUGAGCAUGUUCAGCCUUGUCUACCAGGAUGAGUUUGUCUCCUCUCAGAUCAAGAUUCCCUCUGAUACUCUAUCCUUGUACCCGGCCUUUGACAUCUACUAUGUUUACGGUUUCUCCAGCCGCUCCUACAUUUACUUCCUUACAUUACAGCUGGACACCCAGCUCACCCAGAUGGAUGCCUCCGGUGAGAAGUUCUUUACCUCCAAGAUUGUCCGGAUGUGCUCCAAUGACACAGAGUUCUACUCCUAUGUAGAGUUCCCACUUGGUUGUACCAAGGAUGGCGCAGAGUACCGCUUAGUCCAGGCUGCCUACAAGCACCGGCCAGGCAAGGCACUGGCCCAAGCGCUGGGUCUUUCAGAAGAUGAGGAUGUGCUUUUUGUGGUGUUCUCCCAGGGCCAGAAGAACCGGUCAAAUCCACCCAGGGAGACAGUGCUGUGCCUCUUCACACUCCAUCAGAUCAACUUGGCUAUGCGUGAGAGGAUCAAGUCCUGCUACCGUGGUGAAGGGAAGCUGUCUCUGCCAUGGUUACUCAAUAAGGAACUUCCCUGCAUCAACACGCCAAAGCAGAUCGGCGACGAUUUCUGCGGCCUGGUGCUGAACCAGCCGCUGGGAGGACUUCGGGUCAUCGAGGGAACGCCGCUGUACGACGAGCGCACAGAUGGCAUGGCUGCCGUGGCUGCCUACACAUACGGAGAUCACUCGGUGGUGUUCGUAGGGACCCGCACGGGCCACCUCAAAAAGAUCCGAGUGGAUGGCAUUCCUCCGCCUGCCCAGAACGCCCUGCUGUACGAGACGGUCACAGUUGCAGAGGGGAACCCGAUUCUGCGCGACAUGGUGUUCAGUCCCGAUUACCAGUACAUCUACCUGCUGAGCGAUAAACAGGUGAGCCGUAUCCCUGUGGAGAGCUGUUCUCAGUACAGGAGCUGUAAGAGCUGUCUGGGCUCUGGGGACCCUCACUGUGGCUGGUGUGUCCUUCACAACAAGUGUUCCAGGAAGGAAGCUUGUCAGAAAUGGGAGGUGCCUCAACGCUUCAACACAGAGCUCAAACAGUGUGUAGACAUCACUGUCACGCCCCAGAACAUGUCUGUGACCGCUGCCUCCACUCAGUUGAAUGUUAAGGUGACGAACGUGCCGAACCUGUCGGUGGGCGUGACGUGUGUUUUUGAGGAUUUGAGCGAAAGCCCAGGAGAGGUGCUGCCUAAAGGCCAGGUGUUCUGUAUGUCCCCAUCUCUGCGGGACGUCCCAACGCUGACGCAUGGAUACGGUGAUAAGCGAGUGGUCAAGCUCUCGCUCAAGUCCAAGGAGACUGGGCUCAAGUUCAUCACCACUGAUUUCGUCUUCUAUAACUGCAGUGUCCUGCAAUCGUGUUCAUCGUGUGUGAGCAGCCCUUUCCCCUGUAACUGGUGCAAAUAUCGGCACAUCUGCACCAACAAUGUGGCUGAGUGCUCCUUCCAGGAGGGUCGAGUGAGCAGUGUGGAGGGCUGCCCCCAGAUUCUGCACAGCAGUGACAUCCUGGUUCCGGCAGGAAUCGUUCGGCCAAUCACGCUGCGAGCUCGGAACCUGCCCCAGCCGCAGUCGGGCCAAAAGAACUACGAAUGUGUGUUCAGCAUCCAGGGAAAAGUCCAGCGCAUCCCGGCUGUCCGCUUCAACAGCUCUUGCAUCCAAUGCCAGAACACUUCGUACUGGUACGAGGGGAAUGAGAUGGGGGAUCUGCCUGUGGAUUUCUCUAUUGUCUGGGACGGAGAUUUUCCCAUCGAUAAACCUCCUACCAUGAGAGCUCUCCUGUACAAGUGUGAAGCUCAGAGGGACAGUUGUGGCCUGUGUCUGAAGGCUGACAGCAUGUUUGAGUGUGGCUGGUGUCUGGCUGAUAAGAAGUGUCUCCUGAAGCAGCACUGUCCUUCGCCUGAACACAACUGGAUGCACCAGGGCCGCCGCAGCGUACGUUGCAGCCAUCCCCGCAUUGCCAAGAUCCACCCCCUGACGGGUCCUAAAGAGGGGGGUACACGGGUGACGAUAGAGGGCGAGAAUUUGGGGCUGCAGGUGAAAGAGAUCACUCAUGUGCGAGUGGCCGGAGUGCGCUGUAAUCCAGUCGCUCAGGAAUACAUCAGCGCUGAGAGGAUCGUGUGUGACAUGGAGGAAUCUCUGAUGGCCAGUCCUCCAGGUGGUCCUGUGGAGCUGUGUAUCAGCGACUGCAGUGCAGAAUAUCGUACUCAGUCCUCUCAGACUUACUCUUUUGUGACUCCCAGCUUUAAUCGGGUGCGGCCGGAAAAAGGGCCAGUGUCAGGGGGGACCAGGCUAACCAUCUCCGGCCGAAAUCUGGACGCCGGCAGUGCAGUCACUGUGUUCCUGGCCCAGGAGAAGUGCCUGUUUGUUCGGAGAGCAAUGCGAGAGAUCGUCUGUGUGACUCCAGCCUCCAUGUCUGGCUCUGGAGCGUCGUCCAUCAAGCUGUUCAUAGACAAAGCUGAAAUCAACAAUGACCUGCGCUACGUCUAUACUGAGGACCCCACCAUCACUGGCAUUGAGCCCAACUGGAGCAUCAUUAAUGGCAGCACAUCUCUGACAGUAACUGGAACCCACCUUCUCACCAUCCAGGAGCCCAAAGUCAGGGCCAAAUAUGGUGGAGUGGAGACCACCAAUGUUUGUACAGUAGUGAACGACUCUACAAUGACCUGUCUGGCUCCUCCGAUUGUCUACACAAAGCGCCAGGCCCCCGAGUCUGGCCUUCAUCCGGAUGAGUUUGGGUUCAUCCUGGACCAUGUGUCCUCUCUCCUCGUGCUGAAUGGCACUCCCUUCACCUAUUACCCCAAUCCUACCUUUGACCCGCUGGGGAACGCGGGGAUACUGGAGGUCAAACCUGGGUCUCCCAUCAUCCUGAAGGGAAAAAACCUGAUUCCUCCUGCUCCUGGAAACGCCCGCCUGAAUUACUCUGUGAUGAUUGGAGACACGCCAUGUCUGUUAACCGUCUCGGAAUCACAGCUGCUCUGUGAUUCGCCUGACCUGACGGGAGAGCAGCGAGUCAUGAUUUUGGUAGGUGGGUUGGAGUACUCCCCUGGCAUGCUCCAUAUCUACUCGGAUAGCACCCUGACCCUUCCAGCUAUCAUCGGAAUCGGAGCAGGCGGUGGAGUGCUCCUCAUCGCCAUCAUCGCCGUACUCAUCGCCUACAAGAGGAAGACGAGGGACGCUGACCGCACACUGAAACGCCUGCAGCUCCAGAUGGACAACCUGGAGUCCAGGGUGGCACUGGAGUGCAAGGAAGCUUUUGCCGAACUGCAGACGGACAUCCAGGAGCUGACCAAUGACAUGGACGGCGUGAAGAUCCCCUUCCUGGAGUACCGAACAUACACCAUGAGAGUGAUGUUCCCUGGCAUUGAGGAGCACCCAGUUCUGAAGGAGCUCGAUUCUCCAGCGAACGUUGAGAAGGCCUUGCGUCUCUUCAGCCAGCUACUGCACAAUAAGAUGUUCCUGCUGACAUUCAUACACACUCUUGAGGCCCAGAGGUCUUUCUCCAUGCGAGACCGUGGCAACGUGGCCUCUCUCCUCAUGGCGGCACUUCAGGGCAGAAUGGAGUACGCCACCGUGGUGCUCAAACAGCUUCUGGCCGACCUUAUCGAGAAGAACCUGGAGAACCGCAACCAUCCCAAGCUGCUGCUCCGACGAACCGAAUCUGUGGCAGAGAAGAUGCUCACCAACUGGUUCACAUUCCUCCUGCAUCGCUUCCUCAAGGAAUGUGCUGGAGAGCCUCUCUUCAUGUUGUACUGUGCUAUAAAGCAGCAGAUGGAGAAGGGGCCUAUUGAUGCUAUCACUGGAGAGGCACGCUACUCCCUCAGCGAGGACAAGCUCAUUCGACAGCAGAUCGACUAUAAGCAGCUGACUCUGAUGUGUAUUCCUCCAGAGGGCGAGGCAGGUACUGAGGUUCCAGUGAAGGUGCUGAACUGUGACACAGUGACCCAGGUGAAGGAUAAGCUCCUGGAUGCCGUUUAUAAAGGCAUCCCCUACUCACAGAGACCACAGGCUGAUGACAUGGACCUGGAAUGGAGACAGGGCCGGCUGACCAGAAUCAUCCUUCAAGACGAAGAUGUCACCACGAAGAUCGAGAGCGACUGGAAGAGACUGAACACACUAGCGCACUACCAGGUGGCAGAUGGCUCUGUGGUGGCUCUGGUUCAGAAGCAAGUGUCUGCAUACAACAUCGCCAACUCCUUCACGUUCACGCGUUCUCUCAGCCGAUACGAGAGUUUGCUGAGGACCUCCAGCAGUCCGGACAGCCUGCGGUCUCGAGCGCCAAUGAUUACUCCAGAUCAGGAGACGGGUACCAAGCUGUGGCACCUGGUGAAAAACCACGAGCAUGCAGACCAGCGUGAGGGCGAUCGCGGCAGCAAGAUGGUGUCCGAAAUUUAUCUAACACGUCUCCUAGCAACAAAGGGCACUCUACAGAAGUUUGUGGAUGACCUGUUUGAGACAGUGUUCAGUACGGCUCACCGUGGCAGUGCCCUCCCUCUGGCCAUCAAGUACAUGUUUGACUUUCUAGAUGAGCAGGCAGAUAAGAGACAGAUCAGUGACCCAGAUGUGCGCCACACCUGGAAGAGCAACUGCCUGCCCUUGCGAUUCUGGGUAAACGUCAUAAAGAACCCCCAGUUUGUGUUUGACAUCCACAAGAGCAGCAUCACAGAUGCCUGUCUCUCUGUGGUGGCUCAGACCUUCAUGGACUCAUGCUCGACGUCAGAGCAUCGCCUGGGCAAAGACUCGCCCUCAAACAAACUACUCUAUGCUAAAGACAUCCCCAACUACAAAAGCUGGGUGGAGAGGUACUACAGAGACAUCAGUAAGAUGCCCAGUAUCAGUGAUCAAGACAUGGACGCCUAUCUGGUGGAGCAGUCUCGUCUCCAUGGCAGCGAGUUCAAUACACUGAGCGCACUCAAUGAGCUCUAUUUUUACAUCAACAAGUACAAAGAGGAGAUCUUGACGGCUCUGGACAGAGAUGGUUACUGCCGCAAACACAAACUGAGACACAAACUGGAACAAGCCAUCAACCUGAUGUCUGGCAGCAGCUGAGAGUGGUGGAGUGAUGGACCAGGAGGGGAAAGGAGAGGAAAAGAGGGGAGGAGAGAAGAAAAGAUUGACUGGAAGGCUCUAAGGAACUUACUGGCGUUAGAAUGUCCACAUCUUUUGAGCAGAAGUGGAGCGGCUAAGACACUGGACAAUCAAACACUACAGGAACCACAGCACAGCACACCAAGCCCAAUAUUUCUCUGGACCAGAACCUGUGCAGCCAAGAUCCGUCACUCGCCCUCAUCUGGAUCUGCCCUGAGACCUCUUACCCAUCUUUCUUUCUUUAUCUCGUCUCUCUCUUUAUUCGCCCCGUCCUCUCUGUACUUUUCUCUCCCAAUCUUUCUUUCUCUUUUAGUAUAACACUUAUUUACACUCUCUCUCUCUCUCUCUCUCUCUCUCUCUCUCUCUCUCUCUCUCUCUCUCUGCUCAUACUCAGUGCAACUCAUUUGCCCCUUUUCUUGCUUUUUUUCCUUCUCCAACUCUUGUUUCUUCUUUCCCUCUCUUUCCUCUUCACCCCUCUCCCCCAUCCCCUCUCCUCACUCUGGCCUUUUCCAAUGCCACUCAUUUAAAUGCAAACUGCCGAAAAAAAAGAAAAAAAAACUUUUGGACGCGGACAACUGUGGAUCACUGAGAUACAUUCCAAUGAGAAAAGGCGCACAUGUUGUUGCCUUGGAAACCGUGCUAAAUUGUGAAGCUAGUGCCAUGGAUUGAAAAAAAGCUGACUUUGUACUCUGGGAAAGCAGAAAGGAGGAGAAGCAGUAACCUUAGUAAAGUUUAAAAACAACUAAACCAUGUGUGUUAAAACGAUCUGAGAGAGGCCCCGUGGACAGAGGAACGAAAAGAAAAGGGUCAAAACAUCAGGGAAAAAAGGGCAUCUACAAAGCAGCCCGAUCGGUGGGAUUAUUCCAGGGGUCUUCUUGGAUUUGGAGGAACUGCAUUAAGCGGGAGUGUUGAGGUCGGGCUAGGGAACAGGAGCCACUUCCUCAUCUCGAAAAAAAAAAUCGCCAUAGACCGAAAAAGCGCCUUUUUCUCUCUCUUUCUUUUUCUUUUUCUUUUCUUGUGAAUCUGGGGCCAAAUGGACCUGGUCGUAUCAGGAGGUGUGGAUCAGUGUCCUUUAAAGCUUGCCUUUUUCUGUUCAGUCCGGACUUAAAGCUGAAACCCAACUCUAAUAUGGCCUCAGGCUGGCCUUUUUUGUUUUAUUUAUUUCCUUGAUAUUGUACCCCCACCUUGGUCCCUCCUUUUUUUUGUAAAUCACUGUGUUACUGUGAGGAUUUGGAGUGUGAACUCAGAUUUGUGGUCCUUUCCUGUUGAGCAUACUGGGAAGGUGUUGUACUUUGAUAAACAAGCAUCCUGAUGUAAUAGAUCCAUCCGUCAAGAGCAAUAAGUCAAGUUCAAAAACAGAAAGCCAUGCGUCAGAUUUCCCUUGCGUGUUUAAAUUUACCAUUCCAAACACUAAAUUCCCACAUGUUGGUCACGUUCGGUCAUGUAAAUAUCCUUUGAUUUCCUUCUGUGUAUGUUGAAAUCACAAUUUUCAAAAUCGAACAUACAGUACGCAAUCAAACACCAAGCACAAUAGGGAAAGAUGGAGUUUCUGAACGCGACUGGGCUGUACGUAGCCACGGGCCUCUGAUAUUUUCUCCCACUGUUCUUUCAAAGCUCCUAAGUCAUCCCCUUGAACCUUAUCGCUAAUCCUUCUCCGAGCUUGAUCUAAAUGAAGAUUGUUCAGUUCUAUCUGUAUUUUGCAAACAACAUGGCCUUAAGACAUUUGUGUUCUUUUAUCCGAGGCACCUCACCUCUUUUUCACGACAGCGGUGUCGCUUUCUGUUGCCAUGACGACAGAGAAAUCAACAGGAAACCGUCGGUUAACACAAGGUACUCUGGGAGGGAAGUUGUAGUGAGUAAAUUAGGAGAAUGUUUGCAGCCUUUUCUAUUUUCUUGCUACGCAGUUCUUGAGUUCUGCCCUUUUUCCAAGUGAGUAUUUAUUGUGCUUUCUAAUUUAUUGCUAUUUAUUUUCAAAACGCAAGAAUGUACACUGUUUUAUGUACAGUAUUUGGUGAUUUGAGCAUAUCUUUGCAAAAAAUUCCAGCCCACAUUAAGGCUUUCGAUAGAUAAAUAUUUUCCUGAGGUUGUCAUGGCUUGAGCCCUGGGGAAAGAGAGCUUUAGGAUUUAUGCAGCUACAGUACUUGUUUGAAUAUUCAGAUUUAGAAAGUGUACACUUUAGUUCCACACCAAGUAAGGUCAAUCCUAGCAGACUUGAGAGGAAAACAAAAGAAACUCUCUCUCCAAAGCAGACAUCAGCUGGGAUUUAGAGUCUAGACCAGUGUCCUUGUAAGCGGUAGGCAAAUCUGGGUGGGCCUGAUUAAUUAUGCUUUUAGUUCAACUGCAGACGCUCAAGGACAUUCAGCGCUGUGGAUGUGAAGUUCAGUGUAUAUGGUUUGUGUGCUGUGAUGGCCUUUAUCUAAAAUGAAAUCCUCCAAACGAGUUUUCUACUUCCACUUGGAUGAAACUUCAGAUGCUAUGAAUUUUAUAAAUACUGAUUGAAUAUUGUAGCUUUUGUUGGGUACAGCUGUGAAGUACAGCACUGUGCAAAAGUAAGCCACCAUUUAUUUACCAGCCAAUCAGUACAAGUUAUUUUUCAAGAGAAACAUCUGAGGAGGUGAGUUACAAUCCACUUGCAUAAAGGAAAGUGGAAAGCAGAAAACAAGUGAGAAGAGUUUCAAAGCUGUUUCUGUUUAUCCUUCCACUGUAAGACGACUGCUCAACUCUACACAAAGGAUGAGUAGCUGUUAAAAGAAAAGAAAAGACAAAAAUGUGCAAAUCUGACCACUGCAGUGUCUGACCACUACAGAGUCCAGACCUUGACAUCACUGGAUGUGUUUGGGAUUACUUGCAUGGUGAGAAACAGAAAAUGCAACCAACUUCUAAGACUGAACUUUGGAGGUGUGAAAAAUAUCCCUGCAGAUUUCCAACAAGGUGGUCUCUGACUUUUGCGCAGUAUUGUAGUUACUUGCACUGCUAACAAUAAAGGUCCCGAUUUAAUUGUUGGAGCUUUACAAUAUGUGGGAGGUUCUUCAUGCUCACCUCUCAUUUACAUACUUGGAUCUUUGCAAGUUUUUUGUUUGUUUGUUUGUUUUUUUAGGAAACCAAGUGUUCUUCUAUGUAAUUGGUCCAAAAUCAUUUUAGCAGCUUUAUUUUUAAGAGUUUCUAAAUCCUGGUCCAUCAAGAACACAAACUGUCAAAAAUUGGAAAUGUACAAUCCAGGCUCAUUGAAUGUAACUCACUCAAAUGCAUUUUUUAUAUACAGCUUAUGGUAGAACAUUGUUGCAGAGGAGGCUGGUAAAGCCAGAGGCAACCUAUUGUAGUGAUGACAGACUUGUUUACAAGCUAGGACAGAAACAUUAGCACGAAUCUCCUUCACAGUAGCAUAAGGCAUGUUUUUGCGUGUUUCAUGAUCGAUGGCAAACAAAAGGCGCCAAAAUCACUUUUCACUAAACUUCGCAUGGAAGUCUGAGGGCGAGAUGUUUUGAACUAAAUGUGGAGCUCAUUAACAUUUAAAAAGCUGCAGGAUUAUAAUUAAGGAGUAUCCUUUUGAACAUCUUGUUUGUUGCGAUUGCGGGGGGAGGAAACGGGGUCAGCUCAUAUGGAAUCUGGGUCUGCUGUACAAUUUCAUGCUCUUGCAACAUGAGACGCCUCAAAUCACUGAUGAUGGCCUGCUCCAAAGCAGGUAUACACAGCAAAUGGCCACAAAUUCAGGAGAAACCGCUCUCUGAAAUCAAAACUAACCAUAAACCUACACCAAAAAGAGAGAUCUAAAGAAGAAGACUAUUCAGCACCUCUUGGUUGAAACCAUCAUAAGGUUUACAUCUGAUUUUCUUAACUGUGAGUAAAGCCAAACGUACUGUUGGGAAGUGGGGGAGACUUCUCCAGGUCACAUUCGCACUGCCUGUAAGAAAACUUUUAUUAUUGAGAAGCGCAAUCAUUUUUUUUCCGUUUUCUCUUUUCUUUCGAGAGUCUUAAUAAAACGGCCUCGGCUGAUAGCCAUAUUAUCGGAAGUCGCCUGUUUAGUUUCUACAGCAGAACUCAGAGCCAUUCUGAGACGCUUACAGUCUGUAAAUUGAUAAAACAGCAUACUAUUAAAAGCACCUGUACUUGUAAGGAAGCGAGGAGUGAGUGGGAUAAAAAAAUAAAUCGUGGUGUUUUUCAGUAGAAUCGGUAGAAGAAAAUGUCUGUUUUUGAUCCAUAACUACAUUUCAGUCAGUGUUCUAGUUAUAAAAGAAGAAAAAAAAUACAUUUUGUCUCAGAUGAAUUAAUUCUAAUUUAUUUGUCGGUUUUGUCUGUUUAUCCCAAAUGUUUUAAUCAAUUAUAUCGUAACAGACUUGUUUACAGUUUCAAAGAUAUAUGGAGUUUAUUAACAAUGUGUCUGGAGAGGAAGUAGCUUUGUGUCUGACUGGCUGAUUGAUUGACUGGUUGAUUGACUGGCUGAUUGAGUAAUGGAUGACUGCUUUGCCUAGUCCUUAAUUCUAUAUAAAUAUAUAAAUAUAUUUUGUAUAAUUAUUGGUUCAAAUGGUUUCUUUUAAAUUAUUUUUUGCUUUUGUUUUUUUUUUUUUUUGAUUGUUUUAUAUUUUCUUUUGUUAUUUAGUCUGAAGGAAUUGUAGGAAUAAGUCUGUUCAACGCUGGCUGCAAUGAAGUGUUUUGUAUAUAUUUGCACUUUUUUUUACUCAGUCCGCAAGGUUUUUGAAAGAUUGGAUUCUAACUUAAUGUUCAAAUGACAAGCAUGGUGUUCUUUUUUUGGGUUUUGUUUUGCUAAUUAAAAGAUAUGUGGAUGAUGCUGUA